UUCCUCGUCCCUGUACGCCGACCGAAUGGCCUCGCAAAAUCGGGAUCCAGCCGCCGCCAGCGUCGCCGCCGCGGCCCGCAAGGGAGCCGAGCCCAGCGGGGGCGCCGCGCGGGGCCCGGUGGGCAAGAGGCUGCAGCAGGAGCUAAUGACCCUCAUGAUGUCCGGUGACAAGGGUAUUUCUGCCUUCCCUGAGUCAGACAACCUCUUCAAAUGGAUCGGGACCAUCCACGGGGCAGCUGGCACAGUGUACGAAGACCUCAGAUAUAAGCUCUCCCUGGAGUUCCCCAGUGGCUACCCUUACAACGCCCCCACGGUCAAGUUUCUCACACCCUGCUACCACCCCAACGUGGACACCCAGGGCAACAUCUGCCUGGACAUCCUGAAGGACAAGUGGUCUGCGCUGUAUGACGUCAGAACCAUUCUGCUGUCCAUCCAGAGCCUGCUAGGAGAGCCCAACAUCGAAAGCCCUCUGAACACACACGCUGCUGAGCUCUGGAAGAACCCCACAGCUUUUAAGAAGUACCUGCAGGAAACCUACUCCAAGCAGGUCUCCAGCCAAGACCCCUGAUCCCAGGCCCUCCACACUCCUGUGCUGUCACCGUCGUCAUUGUCAGUCUGCUCGCAACAUCUGUCCUUUCCUUGGUUUCUGUAUUGGACUCCGUCUCCUGAGCUGUGGUCUUUUUUUAAAUUAAGUCUUGUUUUUAGUUCUUGUGAUGUAUAUUAAAUAAAUAUGUUUUUGAUUGUUUUUGUA